AUGGACAAUCUCGGUGUCUCUCCCACUGACUUCGACCCUCUUCCCCGCGACCCCAUCGAGCUUCCGCCGCACUAUAAGAACGCCAAGGACGGGUCUGUCAUGUGCAAGGCGCACGCCAACCCGAGUUGCAAGUCGUGCUUCGGCUGGAAGAAGCAGAUCAACAAGCUCCACAAAGAGGGCAAGAAGGUCGCCAAGAAGACCAAGCCCAGCGGUUCCAACUUCUAG